CGUGCUGGUACAUCGCGCGCACCACAGGACUGGAUGAGCGGUAAACUGCGCCAUGGGAGUGAUGUUGGAUCAACGGGAACCAAAGGAUCGGCGACUGAGAUCAUGAUGGAAUCGGUGGCGACGCAGACAGAGGGGUUGUCCAUUGGCAAGAAGAAAAAGAAGAAGAAGAAAAAGAAGAAAAAGGCCGGGGUGGAUGGCGACGUCGCGUCCGCGGCUGGGUCCAUUGGCGGCGUGGAGGAGGAAGAGGAUUCCGACGUAGAGUCCACGAUCUUGGAAGACAACGACGUUGACGACCCAGGCACAGUUGUAGUCGUGCGAAGUGACCGGUCCAACAGUGUCGAAGUGGAAAUCCAACGAAGACACAAUGCCUCUCCCUUAGGCACUCAAGUGACUGCGCGGCCAAAGGGGGAUGACGAUCUCUUGUCAUUACCGCUGUCCACGCGUCUGGAAAAAGCGGCAUCUCACACAGACCUCAAAGCUGGUCUGAUGGGACUUGUGGAAUGGAGUCGCAUGUCCCUCAGUCCAGACGUACUCACGCUAUUUUUUGAAAGCCGCGCGCUGACGCUGCUCUUGGAGAACUUUUUUCGUGUCUGUCCUACCCACGAUGCCAUCUACGACACCUUGACGCACCUCCUGUCAAACCUUCUCCUGGGCACUUUUCCCUUUUAUGCAAGUGCGGAUUCUUCGCCAUCGUCGUCGACCAAAGUCGAUGCGGCGCGCAUUGUCGUUCAGAGCAUUCGGUCGAUUGUAGAUUCGAUCCGCAUGUUAAAGAAGCUCAAGAAUGGCGGUGAUGACACGACGUCUGUCGCGACGGCACUGGUUCCACAAGUCGCCCAAGCACUGCACGACUUGAUUGUCGACUCGCACACGCAUCGCUUGUCCGUCGACAGUAUUGGGAAGGCUUGCGAUCUCGCAACAUCCAUUUCCACCAUGGACGACCAACUCAAAGCUACGCUGGCCAACGAAAACACGAUCCGGGGUCAGUCCAUUCGUGAGACGUUCCGUCGACGAGACCUGCGGAGUGACGCGCUUACUGUGAGCGCUAAGAAGCUGGAGACGCUGUUGGAGCUAGUAAAACCGGCUGAGAGCCGCCGCCUGUCCACGGCCAGCCCCGCACUGAUUGCAGCCACGUCGACGCCACACAACGUGCAGGCGUUGGAGCUGAACACUACAACGUCCAUUGAAACUCGCCUAGCAGAAGUACGCAGAGAGCGUCAAGAGCGGCUUGCCCCAUUGCAAGAGCGAAAAGAGAAAUUUGCAGGCGAAUUGACGGCACUGAAGCAGCGUCAUAACGAAUUGCGCAUCUUGAUGGCUGACGUAGAGGCCCGCAUGUCCAUCCUCACGCAGCUGCAAGUUGAGGUUGUGGGCGACAUUGCGACCAUCGAAGGCGCGUAUGACGCCGAACUGGCGCAGCUUGGAUUGGAAAACUCUGCGUCAUUGGCAUCGUUGCAAGGGCUGGAGAAGCAACACGGUAUCAUCGGCACGUUUCGCGAUCUGCGAGCAACGCUGGACACACUAUCGUCGACUUCGUUGACAGAGAAGUUAACUGCGACAGUGCAGCAGCACCUGGAUGGAGUCCUGCGGUACACCUCGGCGCAAGCCAUUUGCGUUCAGUUCAUGAAAAAUCGCAUAUUGGACGCCGAAGUGAAGCAACACAAAGCGCGGGCUGAGCUGGACGCAUUCGAGUCACUUGGUGCGAGUGCAGUCACCAACGAACUGGAUGUCCAGAUCUCCGACUUGACGUCGCAGAUCGAAGAAGACGAGCUGUGUCUGGCGGCUCUUCGACGACGCGAUACCGAUGUCCGUGCGCAAUUUGAAUCGCUCAUGGCUUGCGAGCUCCAUCAAGCAAAAAUCACCGCAAAUGUGACAAGGGACGAUUACGUGGUCAACGAUAUUCGACGCAACUUUGGCAAAAUCUUUUCCGUGUAUGCGCAGAAGUUUGGCACCGCACCAUCAUCUAAUACAGGCCGGUCCAAGAGCUGGGAUUUAGUGGACGAAAGGAGUUCAACCAAGAGCCUGUACGACAUCCAAGCGGACGAGUUAGAAGACAAAAUUACACGCGAGAACUUGGCGCGGCUGGAAAAAGGCCAGCGCCCCACACGACCCCCCGAAUUGGACAUUUUGCGUGCAAAGUCGUAACACCACCAACCUCAAGAAUUUCUGAAAGAGUAUUCCGUGGUCCAACACAUUUUUGAGCUACAGCAUGGAAUGUUCUCGUUAUGAUCAAGCAUUAGUUGUCCUGGGGGUGCAGCAAAGUGUGAUACGAUGACGUGAUCAUGUUGAUCUCUUCCUCGAGUUGGAACGUCGCGUCCGCUUCU